AGCAGAGAGUGGAGAGAUUCCCAAGACUCUUACUCAAAUGUACACACACUUCCUGACGGCACAGAUUAACAUCAAAAACAUGAAGUACAAUGAGAAGGACACUGACAAAAAGAUGAUUUUCAAACUAGGUAAACUGGCAUACAAAGAACUGGAAAAAGGCAAUGUGAUCUUCUAUGAGGAAGACCUGAGAGAGUGUGGCAUUGAUGUGACAGAAGCAUCAGUGUACUCAGGAUUGUGCACUCAGAUCUUCAGAGAGGAGUUUGGCUUGUAUCAGGGGAAAGUCUUCUGCUUUGUUCAUUUGAGCAUUCAGGAACAUCUAGCUGCUCUAUAUGUGCACCUCUCCUGUACAAACCACAACAGAAAUGUGUUUGACAAAAUCACCAAACGAAGUUUGUUGUCUAAAAUGAAGAACUGGUUUCAACUAAAUUCAUCAGAACAUGUUUCAUUAUCUGAGUUGCAUCAGAGAGCUGUGGAUAAGACACUACAGAGUAAAACUGGUCAUCUGGACUUUUUCCUGCGGUUUCUUCUGGGUCUGUCAGUGGAGUCUCAUCAACAUCUCCUACAAGGACUAAUAAAACAGACAAGAAUCAGCUCUGACAGCAAUGAGGAAACAGUUGAGUACAUCAAGAAGAAGAUCAGGAGCAAUCGAUCUCCAGAAAAAUUUAUGAAUCUGUUCCACUGUCUGAAUGAACUGGGUGAUCAUUCACUAGUGGAGGAAAUACAACACUAUCUGAGAUCUGGAACAAUAAAGGAAGUCAAACUUUCUUCAUCUCAGUGGUCAGCUGUAGCUUUUGUGUUGUUGACAUCAGAGAAGGAGCUUGAUGUGUUUGAUCUCAAGACAUUUGUUGUAGGAAGCAAUAAAGCAGAAAACAUGAAAGUUUUUCAGAAGCUGCUGCCUGUGAUUAAAGAAUCCAGAUCAGUUCACAUAAGUGAUUGUGGUCUCACAGAUGAAGGUUGCGCUGAUCUGGCUUCAGCUCUGAGAUCGAACACUUCACACCUAAGAGAAUUGAAUCUGUCUUGGAAUAAACUAGGAAGUUCUGGUGUGGCACUUCUCUGUUCUGUACUCAAGAAUCCUCAGUGUAAACUGGAGAAACUGUG